AUGCUUCGAUCCAAAAGUGAAACGGAGCGAAGCGAGAUUCUGAAAGAGCCUCGCAUUUUGAUUUGCAAUUACAUCGCUGGUUUGUCUGAAUCAUUUUCUUGCCAUGUGGAGCUUUAUCGCCGAAAAUGGAACUACCUCUAUGAACCACAUGCAAACACAUCGGCUGUAUACGGAGAGGCAAAGGACCGGGCUCGUGUUCGAAAAGAGGCGAAACAACUGUUCACUCAUAUUCAGUACCUGGACCAGUCGCUGCUGAUGCUCAAGCAAAUCACAGGUGAGACGGAAAUGAAAUCCGGAAUAAUGGAAACGGUCAAAGAUUUCAACCAAUUAUCCAGGCAGCUCAAGUCCAUGAAGCUCUCAUACGACACCUUCAUCGAGCAACAGGUCAGCAAGAUAUCUCUUCAGGAAUCACGGCAGUCCAUGACCGAGGCCCGGGAUCUUCAACGUCUAUCGUAUCUUGGUUUUGUCUUCGCCCCAUUGAGCCUCGCAAGUUCUUUCUUUUCAAUCAAUAUCCAGCCACUUGGGGGCCUGGCUUCCGUCUGGUCAUUCGUUGUCACCUCCUUGUCUAUUCUAUCCCUAUCGAUUUUGGUCUUGUUAUCCCUGAACGGCCGACUCUACGAUAUGGUGCGGGAAGCCAUCAGAAGCCUUCGCUUAUCUAUGCCAUCACGCCCUGCACGAGACCAGCAGUUGACCCUUCCACAGACCGAAACAUCCCCAGGCUCGCAGAGGCAGCACACCGACGCUGGCCAUGCCCACCUUGAACAGCGCGGUGAUACAACAGGACGGGCAACACCCCCGCAGCCUGGUACUAGAGUAAAUCCACCGCCGAUACAGGAACCAAGGAGAACGAUUGAUCAAAUGCCUGAAAACCGGUGGAGAAAUAGGGAGCGGUCGCCAGGAGCGAGGAGCCAACGGAGGCGGGAACCCAGUGUCUCAGCCUCCUAUUACCCCCCGGACACCUCUGUGAGACGGGGCUCGAGACCACCAAACACGAGACAACUGAGGAAGGAACCCGAUAACACACCUUCCUACCGCCCACCUGUCAUCAACGAGUAG